AUGCGAGAGCGCUGCCGGCCGCGGGGCCGAAGAGAGGCGGGCGGCGGCCGGAGAGCGGGCGGGGCGGCGGUGUCGCCCCCGAGAGAGCAGCGCGGGGCCCCGGCGGCGGGCGGCGGCGGCGGCAGGCGGGCGAUGGAGGAAGGGGCAGCAGACCUGCGACAGAGGAGGAAACAAAACUGCACAGAAUCUGACAAAAUGGCUCCAGAGGAGAGAAACAAAGAAAACUCGAAGCUGGGAAGAUCGCCAAAAUAUUUGCUAAUUCAACGGUUUGCGAAACUUUUCUUUGGCUGUCUCGCGGCAGUCACUAGUGGAAUGAUGUACGCUGUGUACCUCUCAACAUACCACGAACGGAAAUUCUGGUUUUCCAGCAGGCAGGAACUUGAACGAGAAAUUACAUUUCAGGGUGACAGCGCCAUUUAUUACUCAUUCUAUAAAGAACUGCUAAAGGCUCCUUCCUUUGAAAGAGGUGUUUAUGAGUUGACACACAACAAUAAGACAAUAUCGCUGAAGACGAUAAAUGCAGUCCAGCAAAUGACUUUGUACCCAGAAUUGAUUGCCAGUGUGUUGUACCAAGCAUCUGGUAGUGAAGAAGUUAUUGAGCCAGUGUAUUUCUACAUUGGUAUAGUUUUUGGACUGCAGGGAAUUUAUGUGACUGCAUUGUUUGUAACCAGUUGGGUUAUGAGUGGGACUUGGCUGGCAGGAAUGCUGACUGUAGCAUGGUUCAUUAUUAACAGGACAGAUACAACAAGAAUUGAUUACUCCAUACCAUCAAGGGAAAAUUGGGCUUUGCCAUAUUUUGCAUGUCAAGUAGCAGCUCUCACAGGCUAUUUAAAAAAAAACCUAAAUUGUUCUGCAGAGAAGUUUUGUUACCUUCUGGUGAGUGCUUCAACGUACACCUUCAUGAUGAUGUGGGAGUACAGUCAUUAUCUCCUGUUUGUCCAGGCCGUGUCUCUUUUUCUGCUUGACAGCUUUGCUCUGGCACAGACAGAAAAGGUGCAUGAAGUAUACAAAAUCUACUUGUUUUCUCUCCUCUUGGGGUACCUAUUGCAGUUUGAAAAUUCAGCCUUACUAGUGUCGCCGCUACUAAGUCUUGUAGCAGCUCUAAUGCUCUCUAAAUGCCUUCAGAUGAAUAUGAAGAAAGGUACAUUUUUAUCAAGAUUGCUGAAAAUUAUGUACAUUUAUUUGGUACUCACAAUAACGCUGAUGCUAAACUUCUUAUUAAAGAUGUUUGUUCCUCAUAAGGAAAAUGAGCAUUUGCUGAAAUUCCUUGAAGUAAAACUUGGCUUAAACACAACUAAGAAUUUUACAAUGAAUUGGCUCCUUUGUCAAGAAUCUCUUCAGGCACCAUCCCAAGACUUUUUUUUGCGGCUAACACAGUCAUCACUGUUGCCUUUCUAUAUUUUAGUAUUAAUUAUCUGCCUUUUUUCUGUAACUCAGGUCAUUUUUAGGAGAAUUUGUGGUGAACCACUGAAAGAGACAGUUAAACUUGAGGAUGGUCGAAUUGGAGAGAGGCCAGAAAUAGUUUAUCAUGUAAUUCACACAAUUUUACUUGGUUCUCUAGCGAUGUGUUUGGAAGGAAUGAAAUAUCUGUGGACUCCAUAUGUUUGCAUGCUUGCUGCAUUUGGUGUGUGCUCUCCUGAACUUUGGAUGACACUCUUCAAGUGGCUUCGUCUGAAAGCUGUGCACCCGAUACUGCUGGCUCUCAUUCUGAGUAUGGCAGUUCCCACAAUAAUUGGAUUCAGCUUGUGGAAAGAGUUUUUCCCUAGGAUAAUGUCAGAGCUUUCAGAAAUACAAGAAUUUUAUGAUCCUGACACAGUAGAACUCAUGACAUGGAUAAAAAGGCAGGCUCCUGUGGCUGCUGUGUUUGCAGGCAGCCCACAAUUAAUGGGUGUGAUUAAGCUCUGUACUGGAUGGAUGGUGUCAAGCUUGCCUAUAUAUAAUGAUGAUGAUCUUCUAAAAAGAAAUGAAAACAUAUAUCAGAUAUAUUCAAAGAGGUCGGCAGAGGAUAUUUAUAAGAUACUCACAUCUUACAAAGCCAAUUUUCUGAUUAUUGAAGAUUCAAUUUGCAAUGAAGUGGGACCUGUAAGAGGAUGUAGAGUUAAAGAUCUGCUGGAUAUUGCUAAUGGUCAUGUGGUUUGUGAGGAAGGUGACAGUUAUGCCUACUCAAAAUAUGGACGAUUUUGUCAUGAAAUCAAAAUGAACUAUUCUCCAUAUGUAAAUUAUUUUACUCGGGUAUACUGGAAUAGAUCCUACUUUGUGUAUAGAAUCAACACUGUGAUAUCCUUCCAGUCAUGAAAAAGCAAGCAAGCUUCUUUCUGAGGAUUGAUUAUGAAUGGGAUUCAGUUGGAAAAGUUCCUUUUGAUCAAGGAAGUUAUUUUUGCAGUUACAUGUGGGCACAAACAGUGUAUUGACGACUUUAUUUUACCAAACUGGAACUGUUUGAACUACAGACCAACAGAUACAGAUACCAUCCUUGAAGAAAACAGGAAAAUUCGUCAAUUUUACAGUCUCUACAAGAAAGUGUGACAGUCUUCCUUGUUCUUGCAUUUGUCUUCCCAUUAUAAAUCAUCGUAAUCUUCAUCUAACUGAGAUUUCUAACUUUAGUGUUAGACGGUUGAUGUGGGUAGACUUUGGAAAAUGCAGAAAAGUUAUGUUAAAGAC